UGAAAAAGUUCACAGCAGCAGGAUCACACUAAUGCACGUACGUUUGUAACUGUUAGUUACAGAUUUGAAGUAUAUGAAGUCAUAGUAUGUUUUUGCUGUUAUUAAUUGCGUGUAUAUAAAAAAAUGUUUAUUUAGGUCUAGGCUGAACAGAUCAGCAGAAAUCGAAUAGGAUAAUAGGCUGUUUGAUUGUAAACCACCACUAGUUUGGCGCUAACAUAACACUGAAGCGCUAACAGAAUUUAACAUUGUCUUAGCAGUGGAACUCACACUAACUAUAAAGUGAGAAUUUCUUCAUUGCAUACUGCUAUGUAAUGAAAUGUGUAGUCUGUGACCUUAUUUCCUAAAAUUUCUCAAAAUAAUCUCAGAAUAUGGAGCAGGAGAACGAUAAGGAGAUCAGGGCUCUGGAAGAGGCAGUGAGACUGCUUGAGGAGGAGAUUCAGGGAUUCAGAGAGAGAAAGAAAGAGCUGAAAAGAGAGCUGAAGACCCUGAAGAAGAAAAUAGCAGGAGUAGAGAUGGAGACUUCAAAAACCAGACAGACAAAGAAGGAAUGGAAGAGAGAGAUGGAAGCAAUGAAGGAGAGAAUGGUACAGGAAGAAAAACAGAGGGAGGAAGAGAGGACGGGACAAAGGGAGGUCAUCUGUAAAGAAAUUGUCAUUACUGUAGUGAAGGCAGACAGAGAAAUGGAAGAAAAGAAAGAAAAGCGUGAUGAUAAGAAGAUGGCUACAGUCAGUGAGAAGCAGGAAGUGAUAAAGGAGAGGAAGAGUGAAGGAGAGCUGCUUGAGGAAAUGGAGAAGCAGAGAGAGGAGGAACAGCUGAAAGAGAGGAGAGAGAGUCAGGAGGCAGUAGAAAACGGAAAAGAAGUUACGAUCGAGAUGGAGAACCUUCAGAUGGAGCCCGCAGCACCCAGCACAUCUAGAAAGAAUGUGGUGCAGAGAGUGCUGUCCAGUGUUCUAUCCAGUAUUCACUCUGGAGUUCAGUCCAUCAUGGAGUUCCGAAAAAAAUUCUCAGUUCAGGCUGUUCAAGAUAAGGAAGAAGAGCCUAAGGACAAGUCCCCACGUCGUCCAUUGGUGGCACUCGGAGCUCCGACUGGGGUCCUGACUAUACGCAUAAGAGGCUGCAGAGACUUCAAGAAAAACUCUCAAAUACAGAAAGACACUCAGUGUAUGGUGAGGAUCACUGUUGGGAGAAUCGUGAAGUGCUCCAGGCUGCAGCCCUUCAAAGACAACCUAACUUUCAAUGAAGUGAAACACUUCUCCAUACAGAUCCAAAAAGAAGAGGCUCUAGGGGUCCAGGAGUCCAGUUCAGUAAAGGUGGAUUUGAUCUCUUUUGAUGGAGAUUCAGCUGCCCCCAAACUCAUGGGCAGCACCACCAUCAAGCUGCAGGAAGUCCUUUAUCAGAAAUCAUCAGUUAGCCAGCAGAUUGAUUUGAGGCUUGGAGGCAAAAAAGUGUGCAAGUUGGAUGCAGACCUGACCUUUACAUAUGGGUCCUUUGGCUAUGGAUACUCUCACCAGAUGAAACAUCCUAAAAGGACAAUGGAGAAACUGGUGGAGGAGUCCCUCUUUCUCCGCUGCCCACCUCCUGAGGACAGAAGAGAGCCACACUAG